AUGUAUUCCAAAUUCAACCUCCAACCUGCCAUCGUCAAUGGUGACCCAGCGACGGUCGGUCAAAUUCCUUAUUUUGUAUCCAUAAAGAGGCCACUACGACAAUACAGCGAAAAGAAUAUCCUCUGGAAGAAUUUGUGUGGAGGGAGUAUUAUUAAAGUUAACAAAGUUCUUACAGCGGCCCAUUGUUUCGAGGACUACAAUUACCACUAUUUGAACAAUUAUAAUAUGUUGCGCGUUGUUGCAGGGAACAUAAAGAAUUUCAUCAUACAUUCCGGUGAAAACAUCACUGAACCAACUAACCAAUGGCGUUAUUUAAAUAAAGUAGUGAUACACAGAAAUUUCAACUUUCCCAACAACGACAUAGCGCUAGUUUUCGUGUACGAUUGGCUUUACAACGAUUACAUCACUUACGUGAUACCGGCUAGCAUGGAUAUUGAUUAUCAAAGACGGUGUCUUGCAGUGGGUUUCGGAUUGACAGACCAUGGUCUUGCUGAGGCUGCGUCACACGUGUUGCUGGUUGCGUGGAUAGACGUAAUGACAAAAUUGCAGUGCUCUAUUCUGUGGGAAAUGAACAUGAACACGUUUAUUUGUUCAGUUUCAGCAUUGACGGAUGUCGCGAGGGGUGACUCUGGAGGUCCGUUGGUAUGUAAGGGCACUGUUGAUCCAGCAGAAAAAAGCGGCAGAGAUCUCCUUGUUGGUGUUAUAAGUGGCAAGAGCUUCGACAAAACUACUUUAUACACGCGCGUGUCGGCAUAUCGCGACUGGAUUGCUCGGGACACGGGGUCUAAAUUGACAAGUGACGCCUUAAUCUGUUUAAUUACAUGUGUUGAGAUUAUGUCAGAUUCAAAAGAAGAUCGGUUGGCUAAAAAGAGAUUGUCUGAACGACGUCGGAAAGCUCGCAUUAAGAGUGAUCCAGAGCUUUACGCAGUGCACAAAGAGAAAGAUAGACAACGGUAUUAUAAAAGGAAGAAUGAAGGAAAGAUAAAGUCUGUAAGUGAAUUAGAUCCUCGUCAACAACGAAUUUUUAGAGAGAGAAGUAGAAUAUCUUCCAACAAACACAAUUUGAAAAGAAGGCGUAAAGAGAUGAGGUGUCUUGAAGAGGAUUUAAUAAUCGUAUCAGAAGUAACCGACAAAACUGACGAUCCUUUGGUGACUUCACAAUCACAAACAAUACGAUCAGAAUUGCUUCAAACUGAAGCAAGUUCCUAUGUUGAUUUGCUACCAUCAAGUUCAUCCGUCGUUUCAUUUCCUUUACCUCAGCGUAUUAAGGCUUAUCGAGGCUCGUCAGCACCAUUGAGUCCGUCUAGUGACGUAAGUAAAAUUUCAAAGCCAUGUACAAGAUCAUCAGUUCGUGUGAUUGAAAAGGAGUUUCCUCCAACUCCAAAAGCUAACAAGAAACUGAAUACCAAAGUUAUCAUACGUAGACUUAAAUACCGCAUGAACAAAAUAUAUCAGUUACAGAAAGAGAAGAUUGAUCAAUUGAAGACUGUCAACGAACGACAGCGAAAACAGAUAUAUAGAUUAAAAUACCAAGGUGCUAUAUUAAGAGAAUAUGAACAUAUAAGUAAAAAUAGUACUGAAGAUAUUAAACAAAGUGAAUCAGACACUAUAAAAACAAUUAAAAAUAAUGUGGAAGAGGACAUCAAAACUUUUCUUGAAGAAGAUUAA